CAGCCCAGCAAAUAUAACACAGCGAUUACGCAUGUCGUUGUCUCGUUCGUAAGCCUGCACCGGCGAACAGGAUGACUCCUCCAGGCGAUAGGAUGCCAAUUCAGGGUGCGGGUAGGGAUUUUUUGACUCCUAGGAACAAAAUGCCUGAUGCAAGGAUUGGACAUGCUUUAGCUGAUUACAGAGAGUAGAAUCAGAUUCAAAACAGUGUUGUUGCGAGCUCGAGUUCGUGGUCAUCUGUUAAAAGUGGGUUGGGCAUGGUGUUGACCCAGAUGAUAAGGAAAAGGGUUCUCCUGUAGAAUCCUUGGUUCAGCCUGGUGCUUUGAUCACAUCAUAACACUACUUCGGGCUCCACCCAGGGAAGUUGCAAGGCUAGUAAUGAGGAUGAAUUCCGUAGUCUAUACCUUUGGUAACUCAGAUCGGCAAGAGUGGGCUACAGUGAUGGUAGGGAUGUGGAGAAGAAGCUGGGUAUAUUACGUAACUUAGUGCGUGGAAGCCUGACAUACCCGAGGGCUUAACUUUCAGAUCUUCAUUCUCAGCAGGUCCAUGGUUACUUGCUCUCCAGAUGGUUUUGUAGUUGGACUGUAAGUUAUUACUCUGUAAUAUUUUUCUGUUUUUAUUGUGUAAAAAAGCCAGGCAUUCUACAAUCUGGUGUUUUAUCAUCCCAGUAUGUACCUGGUGUUUUGAAGGUUAUAAACGAAUUUAAGCAUGAUGUCCAUUUUGUUGAGAUUGACAUUACUGAAGACCCUAAGAUUGAUAUUACUCAUAUUGAGUUGAACAAUUGACAUUACUGAAGACCAUGAGAUUGCCAAGGCAGAUGAUAUAAUGGCUACACCAUGUGUUCACUUCUUCAGAAACAAGGAAAUGCUCAAGUAGGCUUCACCCAUUUGUUUAUUGCUUAACAAUUUUGUUUCCUAACCUUGUCCUAUUCAUCUUUUCACAAAUCUUUGUUAUUGCCAAACAAUUUCUUUUCAUUUAUAAAAAUAAAAACUAAUCAAAUUUAAUAGAACAUUUGAUUUGAUCUUUUUAAAAAAUUUCCCCUAAAUAAAUUUGCUUUCAUUCCAAAUUUUCCAUUUUUUAUUUUUUCCGUAAUAUUUAUUGAGUUCCCAACAGACCCUUAGUUGAUGGGGUUUGUUCAUAUAUAGAGGAGCUCUAAGCCUGAGCUUAUCCGGAGUGCUCUCUACAAGCAUUGUAAAUUUGACAAACACCCAGAGCAUGUAAGUGCUAAUUUCUUAAGAUUACGGCUUGAUUCUAAUUAAAAAAUCAUCUAGGCUUUAAUACACAAUAAUGUGAUUGAUAGAUUCUUACAGAAUAACAGCAUAAAUGGACUGAUCCCAGGUGAGAUCGGACGCCUCCGUAAUCUUCGAUCUCUUGAUCUUUUUAACAAUCUCUUUACUGGAAAAAUCCUUCUCUGGGCCACUUGCAAAGGCUGAAGUACAUGAGUCUAAACAAUAACAGUUUAUCUGGAGCAAUUCCAAUGUCUUUGACCGACCCAGCUUACUUUCAUGGACUUAUCAUGCAACAGCUUGAGCAUGACAAGAAAUGCCAGUUGACCCUUUAGAAAGCCGAGUUGGUUAAAUACAGUACGGUAAUUGAACGGUGUUCAACACGUUGGUGUUUUAUUCAGUGGCAUGGUCGCAUGGACAAAAAAUACGGUAAAAAAAUGUUAAAAAAACGUUGACUCUUAAAAAACGUUUAAAUUUGUAUACGUGUAUUAUACGAUUUUUUUGAAAAAUUCUUACUAAAAAUAUGGUAUUAUUUAAACAUUAAAACAUACUAUGAUACUAGUAUUUAGAUCAUAAAAUACAUAUAAUAUAAACCUAAGAGAAAAACAAAUCAAACACAUUUUUUAAUAGAAAAUUCAAUUAAACACGCAUUCAACCAUAUUUAACUAACUAGUAAAUCAUAUUACUACAUAAAAAAAAUUCACAAUAUAACUGAUAGCAUAAGUCCAUGACAAGAAAAGAAAUAGAAAUUAAGUCCAACAAUUUAACUUAUUUGAAUGGUUCUCAACAAAUAUUUACUGAAAGUCAUUUUGUUGAUCCCAAUUUAUUUGAUGAGAUAUGGGGUUGACUGGUAUUCCAAAGUGGGACUUAAAUAUUUGAGAUGAAUUUUUGACCACUUUUGAAAAUGAAAGAAGAUGGUGUUUUCUAGUCACAAGGUUUCUUUUGGGAAUGAUUUUCAAGAGUAAAAAGUAGUGCAAUGAAUCUAAAAAUAAUGAUAAUUUUUGUGAUUAAUAAGAGAAAAAAAACUUUCUCAACCAAAUACCCAUUAAAAAGAGAAAUAUCACAAUUUUUUACCUUCCUAAAGAAAUAUUUUGCACAAAAAAAUUUGUUUAACUACCCAUGAGAUGCACGCUCACACUUAAAAUACAUUGUCCCAAUUUAUGAUGCAUAGAAAUUAAAUACUUCCAUCAACAUCCACAAUUAAGUGUGUACAGGGAAGAUAAUAUCAUAAUAGCAAUAACAAAAGGGGUACUCAAUGUUGUGGGUCGGGAGGCGUACCCAAAUUGGCCGUAAUAGUGUUGGGUGAUCCGAAUUCCCCAAACCUUUAAUCAUAACCUUGCAAUUACUCCUUUAUCCUCGUUUGGCGGGUCUCAAAUGCAUCGUAUUGAGUGUGGAGCUCCUCUUGUCGGGUCUCAUAUGCGUCCAUCUGUGUAUGCAUUCGGUCCAUGGAGUCGAUGAGGUAGUCUAAACUCUAUGUCGUAGUCCGUCGUGCCCUGGUCGUGGGUGCUGGUUGAGCUUCGCCCAUUUCUUCAUCUCCACCCUCAUUCUCCUUGUGGUCCCCCUCAUCCUUGUGGACCCAUGUGUUACCCACCAAUUUAAAUUGGAGGGACACCAUAGUACCCACAUUCAAAACUUGUGACCCAAACGUGUAUUCAACUUCUUCAUUGGUAAGGUCAACGCCAAAAUUUCUGAAUAUCAUAAUAAGUAAAAGAGGGUAAAGGAAGUUUUCAUCACCUCUUUUCGUUUUGACAACACUCCUCAUGUCCAUCUUGAUGAGUGGGGCCAAAGGAAUGCCCUGAAUCUGUUCGAGCGCGUUAACCAUCUUGUGCAGAAGGUAAAGGUCCACCCGACGAAGUAUAUGUGUGUCACUAGCUCGUGGUGAGAUGUUGAAACUGUGAAGGUACGUUAUACGUCUCUUCCGAACAUUGAGAACAUAGGCCUUAAGUUUCUCUGCGAGGCCAAAGGAUUGCAUUGCUCCCAUCUCAUCAUAAGUAGGGUCGCUUAUCACGAUGGGGAUACCCGCGUCAAUGAUUUGAAGUAGGUUGCAAAGUUAGUCUUUACUCACCAUGAUUGUCGUGCCUUUCACCAUACUCACGACGUUCCCAAAAGAGUCUGUCUUCUUUUCAAUAUUUGCAUAAAUCUACCGCACAAGUCGCAGGUCAUACGGUCUCGUCAAAGUGAGCAUGAUGUCUCAGCCUAGUUUGUCAAAUGCCUUCAAAAUUCUGAAAAGAGUGUUGAUUUGUGGAUCAACGGUCUUCUCAAUGACAUUAUGACAAUGUUCGUGUUCUUUCUUUUUUCAUACCACGCCUCAUUCUCCGGAGAAGUGACACUGAGAGUGGAACAAGAAGAAGAACUAACACCAUCUCUCUUUUCGGUUAGGAGCCAUGGACCUGCAUCAUUAUCAAAUACAUAUGCACCACACAAUAUACUCCGUAUUUCAUUAAGUCAAGUAAUUUAGACUUCAAAUCCAAAAAUUCAACCAUUUCUCCAAAUUUCAUGUUCACAUACAAAUUCUUUCAACAAUUAUGUUUAGAAGACUAUAUAUCAACAAUAAAUCAUAUCAAUAUCCUUCUAAACAUUAAUUAUAUAAAAGAAUUCAAUAAUGAACAAGAAAUUUCGAAAUUAGGGUUCUUGAGAAUUUUUUUCAAGAACUUCUCCUAAUUUUGAAUUUUAAUCUUAAAAUCUUGACAACAACUGUGUUUAUAGGCAUCAAUUAAGCAUGAGUGACUAACAAUUAGCACAUGAAAAUAUCACUUUUGCCAAGUUUUGGAAAAAGAAGAAAAUUGAAAAUUCAAGAAAUUUUAGGUUUUGAAGCAAAAUUACCUUGAUUGAUGAUGGAUUGUUUGUUUAGAGCUUGGAGUAGGGUCGUGUGAUUUAGUAAGAGUUUUGGCGGUGUGAAUUCCGACUGAAAGGGGCGGUUUUGAGGUGUUUUGGGGUGCUGGCCGUCGUGAGCUCUCAAAAAUUUGAGAUUGGGAGUUGAUGUGCGGUCGUUUGCACGACUUGGGCAAUGUUUUAACAGUUCCAACCGGCGUCAGUUGAGAAUGUGUCUGACGCCGGCUACGUGUAUUUCGUGAGGACUAGGCAUCUGUUUUGGACCGGCGCCAGUCAAAUUGUGCAACUGAGGCCAGUCGUUCUUUGUUUAAAAUUUUUGAUUUUUUUUUGUUUCAAGUAUAAAUAAAUGUGAAUGUUUAUGUAGCUAAACAUAUUUAUUUAUAAUUGAUUUUUGUUCAAUUAUAAAUAAAAAUGAAUAUGUGUAUAGCUAAACAUAUUUAUUUAUAAUUGAUUUUCGUUGGGUUGUCUCCCAAUUAGCACUCAAUUUAAUGUCGUAGGCCGGACAAAAUGUACCUUUUAAUUUUCCAAUUGACAUGCGGUGGUUGCCGAAGUGAUAUAGUACUCCACGUAUGGCUUGAGUCGGUGACCAUUUACAAGAAAUGAUGUUUGGUCAAAACUCUCUUGCCUUGAGCCAAAUGCCACUACUAAUAUAGAUGUAAUUCAUGAUGAUUUUUCUUAUGAGGAACUUAUGGAGGUGAAGGGAGUUUUCUUACCUUGGUUCACAGAUUUUGUGAAUUAUCUUGUCAAAGAAAUUCUUCUCCAAGAGCUAACUUUCCAUCAAAGGAAGAAAUUUUUAAAUGAUGUCAAACGUUACUGGGAUGAUCCAUAUCUUUUCAAACAGUGUGCCGAUGGAUUUAUAUGACAAUGUAUCCUAAAUGAAGAGAUGUUAUCUGAAAUGGCUAACACCCCAAAACCGCCCCUUUCAUCCGUUUAAAAGGGGCGCCAGUUGAGAAUGUGUCUGACGUCGGCUACGUAUAUUUCGUGAGGACUAGGCGUCUGUUUUGGACCGACGCCAGUCAAAUUGUGCAACCGAGGCCAGUCGUUCUCUGUUUAAAAUUUUUGAUUUUUUUUUUGUGUUUCAAUUAUAAAUAAAUGUAAAUGUUUAUGUAGAUAAACAUAUUUAUUUAUAAUUGAUUUUUGUUCAAUUAUAAAUAAAAAUGAAUAUGUGUAUAGCUAAACAUAUUUACUUAUAAUUGAUUUUCGUUGGGUUGCCUCCCAAUUAGCGCUCAAUUUAAUGUCGUAGGCCGGACAAAAUGUACAUUUUAAUUUUCCAAUUGACAUGCGGUGGUUGCCAAAGUGAUAUAGUACUCCACGUAUGGCUUGAGUCGGUGACCAUUUACAAGAAAUGAUGUUUGGUCAAAACUCUCUCGCCUUGAGGCAAAUGCCACUAUUAAUAUAGAUGUAAUUCAUGAUGAUUUUUCUUAUGAGGAACUUAUGGAGGUGAAGGGAGUUUUCUUACCUUGGUUCACAGAUUUUGUGAAUUAUCUUGUCAAAGAAAUUCUUCCCCAAGAGCUAACUUUCCAUCAAAGGAAGAAAUUUUUAAAUGAUGUCAAACGUUACUAUUGGGGUGAUCCAUAUCUUUUCAAACAGUGUGCCGAUGGAUUUAUACAACAAUGUAUCCUAAAUGAAGAGAUGUUAUCUGAAAUGGCUAACACCCCAAACCGCCCCUUUCAUCCGAAAUUCACGCUGCCAAAGCUCUUUCUAUAUCAUACGAUCCUCCUCCAAGCUCUAAACAUACAAUCUUUUAUCAAUCAAUGUAAUUUUGCUUCAAGAUCAAAUAUUUCUUGAAUUUUCAAUUUCUUUUCUUUUUUUCAAAACUUGGCAAAAUUGAUGUUUCUAUGUGCUAAUUGUUAGUCACCCGUGCCUAAUUGAUGCCUAUAAACACAUUUGUUUUCAAGAUUUUGAGAUUAAAGUUCAAAAUUAGGGGAAGUUCUUGAAAUUUUUUCUCAAAAACCGUAAUUUCGAAUUUUCUUGUUCAAUUUAUUGAAUCCUUUUAUAUAAUUAAUGUUUAGAAGGGUAUUGGUAUGAUUUACUGUUGAUAUAUAGUCUUCUAAACAUAAUUGUUGUAAGAAGUUGUAAAUAAACUUGAAAUUUCGGGAAAUUUUUAGAUUUGAAGUCUAAAUUACCUUGACUUGAUGAAAUAUAUUGUGUGGUGCAUAUGUAUUUGACUAGUAAUGCAGGUCCAAGGCUUCUAAACGAAGGAAUGGUGCUACUUAUUCUUCCACUCCCCAUUUCACAUCUCCGGAAAACGAGGCGUGAUAUGAAAAAAAAAUCUUGAACAAUGUCAUUAGGAAGACCGUUGAUCCCAAAAUCAACACUCUUUGCAGAAUCUCGGAGGCAUAUGACAAACUAGGGUGGACCAUCAUGCUCACUUUGACUGGAGCGUAUUACUCGCGGUUAGUGCGGGAGAAUUAUGCGAAUAUUGAAAAGAAGAUGGACUCUUUUAGGGACAUCGUGAGCACUUCAAAAGGCACGACAAUCACGGUGAGUAAAGACCAAUUUUGCAACCUACUUCAAGUCGUUGACGUGGGUACCCGCUUCACCAUGAACUCCAAAACGGUGACAAACGACCCCACUUAUGAUGAGAUAGGAACAAUGCAAUCCUUUGGCCUCGUAGGGGAGCUUAAAGCCCGUGUUCUCAAUGUUUUAAAGAGACUUAUCGUGUACCUUCUCGGUUUCAACAUCUUACCACGGGCUAGUGACACACAUAUACUUUGUCGGGUGGACCUCUACCUUCUGCACAAGAUGUUUAACGGGCUCAAACAAAUUCAGGGCGUUCCUUUGGUCUCUCUCAUCGUGAUAAACAUGAGGAGCGUCGUCAAAACGAAAAGAGGUGAUAAAAAAUUCCUUUACCCUCUUUUACCUACUAUGAUAUGUAGGAGUUUUGGCGUUGACCUUACCAAUGAAGAAGUUGAAUACACGUUUGGGUCACAAGUUCUGAAUGCGGGUACUAUGGUGUCCAUCCAAUUCAAAUUAGUGGAUAACACAUGGGUCUGCAAGGAUGAGGGGGAGCAUGAUGGUGGAAAUGAAGAAAUGGGUGAAGUUUAACCGGCACUCGUGAUCCGACCACGACAGACUAUGACACAAAGUUUAGACUACUUCAUCGACUCCAUGGACUGAAUGCUUACACGGAUGAACGUGUAUGAGACUCGGCAAGAGGAUAAGGGGGAGCAUGAGGGUGGAAACGAAGAUAUGGGUGAAGUUUAACUGGCACCCGCGAUCCGACCACGACGGACUAUGGCACAAAGUUUAGACUACUUCAUCGACUCCAUGGACUGAAUGCUUACACGGAUAAACGUGUAUGAGACUCGGAAAGAGGAUAAAGGGGAGCAUGAGGGUGGAAACGAAGAUAUGGGUGAAGUUUAAGCGGCACUCGCGACCCGACCACGAUAGACUAUGGCACAAAGUGUAGACUACUUCAUCAAGCGGAGCUUGAUACGAUGCAUUUGAGACCCGCCAAACGAGGAUAGGGUAGCAAUUGCAAGGUUAUGAUCAAAGGUUUGAGAAAUUCACCCAACUCUAUUACGAGCAAUUUGGGUAUCCCUCUCGACCCACAACAUUGAGUACCCCAUUUUGUUAUUGCUAUUAUGACAUUAUCUUCCCUAAACACACUUAAUUGUGGAUGUUGAUUAAAAUAUUUGUUUUGUAUGUAUCAUACAUUGGGACAAUGUAUUUUAAGUGUGGUGGUGCAUUUCAUGGGUAGUUAAACAAAUUUUGUGUGCAAUGAAUUUUUAGGAAUGUAAAAAUUUGUGAUAUUUCUCUUUUUAAUGGGUAUUCGGUUGAGAAAGUUUUUUUUAUUAUUCACAAAAAUCAUCAUUUUUUUAAGAUUUAUUAUACUACUUUUUACAUUCUCAAGAGAAACCUUGUGAUUCGGAAACAGCUUCCUUCAUUUCAAAAAGUGGUAAAAAAUCAUCUCAAAUACUCAAGUCCCGUUUUGGAAUCAAGUCACUCCCAUAUCUCAUCAAAUAAAUUGGAAUCAGGAAAAAUGGCUUUUAGCAGAUAUUUGUUAAGAACCAUUUCAAAUGAGUUAAAAAAAGGAAUUAACUCAUAGUCUCUUCCAAGCAAAGUCAAAAACACCAAAAAGUCAUCCACACAUCCAAAAAGCUUUAGUCACAAUCAACUUAUCAAUUCUCAAGAGUAUAAGUAAUUUUUCUAAAUCUAAUGAUAUUUUUGUGUCUAAUAGAAAAAUGAUUUUGGACGGAGAAUGAUAAAAGAGUAUACGUUUUUACUCUCUUAAAAUCAUCAUAUAUUUUUGUUGAACUAACCAAGGUACUCAAGGUGACGGACUAGCUCGAGACUUAGCAAGUGUGGAGGAAUUAGAUAAGCACAAUAAUUACUUAUGUUUUACAUAGGUAAUUAUAUUUAUAUGUACAAAAAUAUGAAGCGAAAACAGAUAAAUAUUCAAAGGUGAGCAAAAAUGUGAAAGACGGCUACGAGCAACAAAUAUGGAUCAAAAGUCAAAAGGGGUCGAAACUGGCACUUCUAAAUCAAUCGUGGAUGCCUAAAACGGAACAAAAAAAUGUACAUUGUCAAAAGAAGCAACCAGCGAAAAAUCCGCAUGACCGGUGCCGGGUAUAGUCAUUGUUCCAAAUAGUCAUCAUAUUGAAAUGUCGUUUUGUCAUAUUUUAAUGAUAAUAUAACUAUUUCGCACUUUUAGUCCCUGAUAUAGACAUCAUAUUGAAAUGUCAACCUCAUAUUUCCAAUAUUGUAAAUGUCACUAUUAACAUAUUUUAAUGAUAAUAUAAUUAUUUCACACUUUUAGUCCAUGAAAUAGUCACCAUAUUGAAAUGUUAGCCCCGUAUUUCCAAGUAGGGCUGCACAUCGGGCGGGCCGGGUUUGAUAUAUUUUUUGGGCCUACCCGAUUUGUUCGGGUUGGUUAUUAACCAACUCGCGUUACGCAAAAUAAGUUGGUAAACCAUGCAUGAACGGGUCGAGUAGGGUCGGGUAUUAGGGAAAAAAUCACACAAACAAAUACAACUAUUCGUAUCUUUUCUAAGCAAAAACAUUACGUAAUAGUAUUAAAGCAUCCUUUCGUAAAGGAAGUUCAUUUAGAAGGAAACAUAAAUAUAUGAUUAUCACCCAGUCAAAAUGAUAAAUGUUUAAUUAUAAUUAUAAUAUCAUAAAGUCCUAGAUAGAGCAUAUUGGUCUUAAAUUGAAAUUAUCCAAGAAAACGGUGUAGCAUAAUAAUAGUAAAAUAAACUUUGGCCGGGUCGGGUACUAUCGGGUUUGAGAUUUUAAUUCUGCAACCCUACCCAUUAGGUGCGGGUUCAAACAUAUUUAACCCAUGAAUAUUUUUUCAAAUCAAAUACCCGAUUAAAUUGGGUAGGGUUGGGUCGAGUGGGUUAUGCGGGUUCGGGUUAUUCUUGUGCAGCCCUAUUUCCAAGUUUGUAAAUGUCAUCCCUGAAUUGUCCAAAUUGUUGUAUGUGUGUCCUUUGAGAAGUGAAAUGUACUCCUCGUCCACUGUACAUUUCACCGCUCAAAAGACCACAUUUACACCAAUUUGGACAAUUGAAGGGUGACAUUUACAAACUAGGUCCCCAAAAUUAUAACAACAAUAUGUACAUUAGGAAAAUAGUUAUUGCUCAGGUCUUGGUGGUGCUUUAUCGCCUCAACGAUAGCUUUAAAAACUGUGUCCCGACACUAUUUAGCUAUGCAUUUUUUACUGCAGUUAACUAUAUUAUUCAAAACAUCUUACUCCUUAGAAAAUGAAUUCCCCGGGUAGCUCUAUGAAUAACUCUACAUCUGACACGAUGUCUGUGAACCAUAUCUGGUUCUCUUUUAUAUAGAUCUACUGAUGGCAGGAUACAUUUAUUGUUGAGAACCAUGUUGAUAAUAUAACCAAAAUGAAAAAUCCCACUAUGUUGUUUACACAGAAGUGAAAAGAUCAGCCUAUUGUUUUAAUAAAAUAAAAAAACCAGCAUUCUUUUAUAGAAAACAAAAAACUACUCCGUACAUACUAUUGUAAACACAGUUGUCGUGGCGCAUGGCGAUUGCCAUGGCUCAAAGGCAUUUUUCAAGGUGCACAACGAUGUCUCAUAUCGAUUGGCGCAUAAGGCGCAUAUGGCGCUAUAGCGAUGAUCACUUUUUCAUGGCCAUGGCGCGCCAUAUCUCGCCAUUGACCACUAUGAUUGUAAAUCAAGUGAUAAAGCUAACACAAUAUUUAGGAUUUGUUAUGACUAGACCACCACCAUGGCACCUACUACAGUACUACCCUUCUUAUUUGUCAUUGGGAUUUGUUUACGAUUUUAUAUUUAAAGUGUUUGUAUGGCUGAUUUUGCUACGAGAAGUUUUUUUUAGAUAUUUUCACAUCAUAGCACUUAACGGAUGUUUUAGAUUAACAGGUGAUUCAGAAUUCAGACUGUUCAUAUUGUUGUGCCUCACUAUACCUUUGUUUGUUCCAUUGUGUUUGAAAUCCAUCCAUGUAGUGUUUUUUGAUAAUUUUUUCUGGUGAUAAUAUCGCAAAAUUAAAAGAACACAUUCCACCCCAGAACGCCAGGACAACUGAUCGAACCAGCUUUAGUUUGGCUUCUUUCAGUCUCUUUACUUUUUAUUUGCUGCCAUUUACAAUUACAUUGAAGAUACAAUUUGCUUCCCUUAUCUAAGUCUAUAGUUAGUUUCAUAUUAAUUCUACUUUUUCUUUCUAAUACGGAGUAUUACUUUGUUGUUUUCCAUUAUUUGGUUUGGAUCAUCAGGAGAUCAUUUUUUAAAAUCUUGGCCACAAAUAGCUCACCAAACUGCAGAUUCCCUAAUUUAUUUGGGCAUUGGCAUUUGCACAAAUAGCUCACCAUAGAUGGACUUUUUAAUUGCUAGGAGUACUUCAAGGCUGCUUGUGCUCCAGAAGGAGAAAAAGUAAGAAUCACCAGCAUGUAUCUCACCGGGGAUGCCAACAAAGAGAAGACAGAUUCUUGUUGUGUAUUGAUUAGACUUUCUCGUCUAAUGAUGUAAACAAUAUUGUCCAUUUAAUAAGGGACCGUUCUUUUGUUGUGGCAUGCUCUCGAGAUUUAUGGAUUUUCCCGUGCGGCCUAUACUCUUUCCGCGCCUAAGCAUCGGCCUAGACAUAGCUUUACUCAAUGUGUGAGUUAUGCUGUGUAGGCCUAUAAUAGCCCAAAACCUAUUUCAGCCCAAAGCCUAUUUUCAGCCGAAAUAGAAUCCCUAAUUCCUGAUUUGGUCAUUCUUGGAACCCUAAAGCAGACUGCCUAGAAUUAUUUUCUUCUGCCUAAACAUUCUCAAUCCAUCCAAAGUGAUUUUUGGUGUCGAGAAACUGCCUCUACGAAGUAAUCUUAGGGUAAGAUUGUUUCCUGGUGCAAUUGUCUGUAAUCUUAUGGUGUCAAUUAAUUAUUCUAUGACCUUAUUUGGUACUAGGAUUUGAUCUAUGAGUAUUCAACCCAGGAUUCACGUAUAAAAUUGGUUACUAGCCUUGAAGUAAGUUCUUAUUUCAACCAAAA